AAUUUCAACAUUUGUGAUUUAAUACUUACUCUUUUGGGUUAACUGGUAACAAAAUAACGACUUUGUUUACUGAGCAUAGACAUCAUUUUUAGGGGCGAAAAGUUCAAAACCACAAAUAAUAAAUUUUCUAACGAGUCUCAGCUUUCAGUUCCCGACAGCGAGAGUUGCAGCGAGAUUUGAUAUUCACGAGCUCGUUUUUCAAAAAAUCUUCAGUUUUUGAUGGUUUACACUGUAUUUAGACCUUAGUUAUGCCUUAUGCCAAUCAGCCAACAGUUUACAUAAGUGAACUGACAGAUGAUAAUAUUAAAUUUGUCCUUGAAGACACAGAUCUCAGCGUUGCAAACAGUAUAAGAAGGACAUUUAUCGCAGAGGUUCCAAUCUUAGCCAUAGACUGGGUGCAAAUAGAGGCAAAUUCUACAGUACUACACGAUGAGUUUAUUGCACACAGGGUUGGUCUUAUUCCACUGACAUCAGAUGACAUUGUGGACAAAAUGCAGUACUCCAGAGACUGCACAUGUGAUGAGUUCUGUUCUGAUUGUUCUGUUGAGUUUACACUGGAUGUACGAUGCUCUGAUGACCAGACACGUCAUGUCAGCAGUGCUGAUCUCAUCUCAAGCAACCCAAAAGUAGUCCCGGUGACAUCGCGGCACAGAGAAGAGCAGGAUGAUUAUGGAGAGCAAGAUGAUAUUGUCAUUGUGAAACUGCGAAAGGGACAGGAAGUGAAAUUGAGAGCUUUUGCACGUAAGGGAUUCGCAAAGGAACAUGCUAAGUGGAACCCAACCUGUGGUGUGGCGUUUGAAUAUGACCCAGACAAUGCCUUAAGACACACUGUAUACCCCAUACCAGAGGAAUGGCCAAAGAGCGAAUUCUCUGAAAUUGAUGAGGAAGAAGCUCAAGCACCAUUCAUUGGCAUUGAGACACCAAAAAAGUUUUACAUCAACAUUGAGGCAUGCGGAGCUUUAAAGCCGGAGAAUAUCGUCUUUUCUGCUCUCUCAGGACUGAAACGUAAACUAAGUGAUCUUCAAACCCAAUUAAGUCAUGAAAGACAAUCUCAUGCAUUGACCAUUGAUGGAUAGUGUACA